AUGCGGAUACGUUUGCCCUUUGCAGGCGUCUUCUUCGCCCUCCUCCUCGUCGCAGGCUACGCAGGCCUAACAACCCUCCAACUCGGCCAAUACGUAAACGACAAAGUCCUCCACUUCACAACCUUCUUCCUCCUCACCAUCGUCUUCUACUGGAUCCUCGACACCAACCGCCGCCGCACCCUCAACCUCACCCUCACCGUCUGCACCUUCAUCCUCGGCGUCGGCUCCGAGUUCCUCCAGGGCUUCCUCCCCAACGGCCGCGAGUUCGACUUCUACGACAUCGUCGCCAACGUCGUCGGCUCGCUCGCCGGCAUCGGCCUGUGCUCGUGGUACCACAAGCGCAUGCUCGAGCGCAAGCGCCGGACCAAGACGUAUCAGGCUGUCCCCGGGGAGGACGAGGAGGAUGUGGAGCUUGGCGAGGGACAUGAGACUGGUGUUGUUGAGGCUAGUGGUGCGAGGGAUGGGGGUGCUGGUGUUGGUGUUGGUGCCAGCAGUGGGGGUAGGUCACUUGAGGAGGAAGUGGAUAACUGGGAUGAGAACCAGGUGGACGACUGGGAAGAGGAAGAUGGCGAUGGCGAUAUUGGCGAAGUCAAGAGCAAGGAUAUGGAGACGGGAGAUAUCGGCGACUCCAAGAAGCGGGCUGAUUAA